GGCCGGGACCCCGAGUCCUGGGGCCGGGGGAGGGGGCAGGCCAGCGGGGCGCGGGGUCUCGAGACCUGCCCAGAGCCGUGCCGGGGGCGUCCAGGGAGGACCCUUCCCCCACAGGACGGAGCAGGCGAGUGUGCCCCAGAUACGGCGCGCCCGGAGAGUGGACCUGGUGCCGUGGGGAGGAGGAAGGGGCGCCGAUCCGCCGAGGAGCAGGACCCGGAAUGGGGAGGGGCUGGGGCGUCCGGGACGAAGGGGCGGGCGUCGGGGAGACCUGGGAAGCGGGGCCCGGGAAUGGGGCCCGGCGGCAGCUCCAGCGGGGAGCGCUGUCCCCUGACCCAGUUUAACGCAAGUCUUUGACUUUGAGAUUAGUGAGCGGCCGGACGGGCCGCCGGGCGCGGCUGGGGUGCGGGGCGCAGUUCAGCGGCCGGGUCGUCCAGGACAGGGCCUCCGCGAGGCAGCGCCACGGCCGGCCGCGCUAUGUGGGUCAGGGCCGCGCAGUCGCGCUCCCGCCUCUGCCUCCGCGCGCCCGGUCACGCUCACGGCGCUUACACAGCGCCGCCUCCGCCGCUUGCAAGCUCAGCCCGGCGCCCCCCGCAUCCAGGGGCCCGGCCAGGCGAGGUGUGCUCAGCUCGGUGCACGCAGGGCCCCGGCCGGGACACGGGACACCGCCGUGUGCGCAGGGUCAGGGCCACAGGGGCACACAGUCGCAUAACGCACUCACACACACGCAGUCACCUGUGCUUACACAUCCACUUGUGAGUAUACACGUACGCACGCACUCGUGUGCACGCACACCGCUCACUCACGUGUGCACAUCACAUGCAUGCAUAUAUACACACCUGCAUGCAUACACACACAGGAAUGUACACACAAAUACGUGAACGUACACAGUACACACACACCUGACACAUGUCUGCUACACUCCCACAUACACCUACAUGCUUACACACGUGCUAAUGCACACCUAACAUGCACGCACUUGCACACAUUCACAUUCAUUUACAUCCACAGUCCCACAUUCACACAUGUACACGCUCACACAGGACACAAAUAUUGACUCUUAUUUGCACAUGCUCCCAUACAGGCACACAACAUACACACUCAUACACUUGUGCUCAUUCUCAGCCUCCCAAACACACACAUGCCACCAGGCCCCACCCACAGACUCGGGAGCUGUGCCGGGAACACACACAUGCCCUCCAGAGUGCUCCCCUGCAGCCUCCGCGCCAUGACACACACACUCACGCUCACACGUGGGUCUCCCCAUCGCAUGGCAGCAAGCUCAACGACAACACAUAAUCCCCCAGGCAGAAGCACACCUCACACACUGGGACACACGGCAGACUGGGGGCGGUUAGGGGAGGGAGCCCCCUCCCUCUGUUCAUGCCCAGGUCACCAGGCAGACCCCGCCCCACUCCGGGCCUCUGGUGGACAGGAACACAGGAACUGUCAUCUGCCGGGCGGGCUCCGGGCUCCUGUGGAUUGUGACUCUGCCUGUCUCGGUGCUGCUGUUGCCCUCUCCACUCCAUCUCUGUCUCUUCUUCCCCUCCCUGUGCUCACUCUUCACCUUCCGCCCCCAUCUCUGAGUGCACACACACGCGUGCUCACACACACAGGCACACUGGCUGUCACAGAGCACGCUGUCCCCACGCCCCCCGGUCCCUGGGGGAGACUCACAGUGGUGGGCGUGUGAGCUCAGCAUCAGGGGAGCAGGGAGGAGGGAAGAGGGAGCCUCCGCCCACCCCGCAGGGUUGGGUGUGCCCACUCCAGACCCCACACCUUCGGGAGCCUCGGCAGGCCUGUGGGAGACCUCCUCUCCCAGGGCCUAGCUGCAGGGGAGGAAGGGGAGGCCCAGAGAGGGGAAGGCCCUGAUGCUGGUGGCGGCCUUGGCGGGCCUGGGCCUGGCCCUCAGCCUCAUCUUCAUCGCUGUCUACCUCAUCCGCUUCUGCUGCUGCCGGUCCCCCGAACCCCCCGGGGCCAAGAGCCCCCCGCCCGGGGGAGGCUGUGUCACCUGGAGCUGCAUUGCCGCUCUCCUCGUCGGCUGUGCUGGCAUUGGCAUUGGUUUCUAUGGCAACAGCGAGACCAGUGAUGGAGUGUCCCAGCUCAGCGCGGCGUUGCUGCAUGCCAACCACACACUCAGCACCAUUGACCACCUGGUGCUGGAGACCGUGGAGGGGCUGGACAAGGCGGUGCGCUCAGAACUGACCACCCUGGAGGAGGUGCUGACGCCACGCACAGAGCUGGUGGCUGCUGCCCGGGGGGCUCGGCGGCAGGCAGAGGCGGUGGCCCAGCAGCUGCAGGGGCUGGCCUUCUGGCAGGGAGUGCCCCUGAGCCCUCUGCAGGUGGCCGAAGACGUGUCCUUUGUGGAGGAGUACAGGUAUAGGCCAGGGACGCUGUGCCCCAUGCCACAGGGCCAGGACGGCCCUCCACGACAGAGUACUGCAGCGCCCGAGGUGGCUGGCGUACGUCCUCCUGCUGCUCCUGGAGCUCCUGGUCUGCCUCUUCACCCUCCUGGGCCUGGCGAAGCAGAGCAAGUGGCUGGUGGCUGUGAUGACGGCCGUGAGUCUCCUGGUGCUUGUCCUCAGCUGGGGAUCCAUGGGCCUAGAGGCAGCCACGGCUGUGGGUCUCAGCGACUUCUGCUCCAAUCCAGACACUUACGUCUUGAACCUGACCCAAGAGGAGACAGGGCUCAGCUCAGCCAGGCCAUCUCCAACCCCUUCCAGCAGAGGCUGACACUGUCCCAGCGAGCUCUGGCCAACAUCCACGCCCAGCUACAGGGCCUGGAGCGAGAAGCUGCCCCCCAGUUCCCAUCUGCACAGAAGCCUCUGCUGUCCUUGGAGGAGACACUGAAUGUGACAGAGGGAAACUUCCACCAGUUGGUGGCACUGCUGCACUGCCGUGGCCUGCACAAGGGACACUUGGAAGCCUGGAAGGAAGCACACCCUCGUGUACCAGUGGAUUUUGUCUUACUCGCUUCCCCCACCACGAAGACACCAUACCCGAUACCUACAAUGCAGAGGAGGCGUUUACUUUGGCUCCUGGCUACAGAAGUUCCAGCCCACGGUCGGCAGGCUCAAAUGCAGAACAGCAUGGUGGAAGGGCCUGAGUGGAGGAAGCUGCUCACAUCACGGUGGCCAGGAAGCAGAGAGAGGGAGGAGCCAGGCAGGGAGAGGGACCUGUCCACCUCACGCCCCGUGACCUCUCUUCUCUAGGCUCCACCUCCCAACAGCACACUCAGCCACCGAGCUCACCAGUGGAUGAAUCCUCAGAUGAGUACAGCACACCAUGACUCAACCACCCCCCCAAAGCCCUAGCUCAGUUCACACAAGACUGUGGGGGGGGAAUCUAGAUCUAAACCAUAAUAUUCCAACCCAAGCCCCCAAGUCACGUGCCUGUCUUUAUGCAAAAUGCAUUUAUUUCAUCUCUAAGAGUCGCCAAUAUCGUAACAGUCCCAGCAUUACUGAAUAGUCCGAGUCCAAAGUCUUCUCUGAGACUCAAGGCAAACUCUUAGCUGUGAGCCCUUUAAAAAUCAAAAAAGAAGGUUAAAUGCUGCCAAUAUGCAAUGGCAUGGAGUAAACAUCCCCAAUCCAAAAGGGAGAAAUAGGAGGAUGUAAAGAAUGAGAUCAAAGCAAGAUUGAAACCCACCAGGGCAAACACGAAAUCGUGUACCUCUGUGUCCAGCCCCCAGGGCGUUAUAACAAGGUAUGAGCUCCACAGGGCUUGGGCAGCCGUGCCUCUGCAGCACUGCCCAUCGCAGCCCUCAAGAUCUCUAUGUUCCUGCCUGGGACUCACCUCAGAUGAUCCACAUUCCUGGCUUCUCCAGCUUCCUGGGGUCUCCACUGAACUUGUGGCUUCACCCACUGCCCUCUCAGGGGCACACUGCCUGGCCUCCCAGGCCUUCUGAAAUCAAGGUGGAAGCCAUGAGGCUUUGGGAGGACAAACUGGAUCUAAACCAUAACACAUGUAUUCUAAAACCCUGACUGGACUGCUCUCCAGCCUCCUGGCCUAACAGCCUGCACAUACAGGGUCCCCAUGCACCCAAUUCUGUGGCAUUUCACAGACACUACCUCACUCACUUCUCAUAAGAACACAAGGAAUGAACUACUGUUUCAUCCCAUGCUGAAGACCUGAAAAGGGGGGAAGAGUUGAGUGACUUGCUCAAGUCACACAGCUAAGGGGGGCCUGGCAGAGGGCUGCUGGGCUCUCCUUCCUGCCCGCUGCCCAGGCUUGCCCCUCCUCUUCAGGAGUAUCUUCACCCACCCAGCUCAGACCCAGUCCUCUGCCCAGGAGGAGGAGACAUACCUCCCCACCACUCUCCCCACUCUGGCCUGCCCCGGGACAGGGACACCGGAUUCAGCAAACAGGGAGCCCGGCUGUGCUGGGGCCCGCCCACACCCUCCGGGUGGUAUGUACGCUGCACCAUGGCCUGCUGGCUACUGAAAUUCGAAUCCAGAGGCACGGUCUACACCAUAGCACUAACAGGGCACCGAGUCAGCGCUCAGGACUGCAGGGCAUCUGGGCUGGGGAAGGCUGCCGAGGUCCUUGCUCUUUUCCACAAGAGCACACUGGGGCCCAGCACUGCUCUACGGCCCAGGCAAAACUGGGCCACCACACCCAACGCAAGACUGCUUUGUGAAGGGAGGGAAGAGGAUGGGCAGGGGUCUCUGCCCCUCCCUGAUAUACCAUGUGACACUGGGCUUGGACCACGUGACCUGGACCCCAGGUUCCUACAUAUGGCAGCAGUGAGGCUGCACGAGCAGUGAUCAGAGUCCAGAUGGGCUUCAGAAGAAUAGCAGACAGAACUUGCUGGUGGGGUAUGGUGGGAGGUGAGGGAGCACAAAGGGGAUUCGGGGUGGGGAGGCUGUUACUGAUGCCAGGGAAGGGCCCUGUCGGGGGCAGGGACAUCAGGGACAAGGAGAAAGGUUGGCUCUGGAGCCUGAGAGAUGUGGCUCCAACCCCAACUUUUCCCUUCCCAGCCUGUGUGGCUCUGCAAAAGUAGCCUUAUCUGUGCUUCACAGCCGCAGCAUCCAGGGUCUUGGUCUCUGCCCUGCAGGGCUCCUGUGAGGAUGGAAGGGCAUCAUAAGUGUGCCUGCUGCCCUCUGAGCAGGGCUCCUGUGACUGCCAGGUCCUGGCCAUCCUCACCCCUGGCUCAUGGCACAGGAGCCUCUUUCCUGUCCCCCCUUACCCCAUCUGUCCACCCACAGCCAGCAGCUGGUGAUGCUUUCAGACCACGAUCCGAUCAAGGUCUCGCUCCACUUAAAACCCUGCAGUGGCUUCCCCUGCACGCAGAUUAAACUCUAGCUCCCUGGCGUCAAAACUGUCUACCUCCCCACCCCUACCAGCCCAAUGGCCUGCCUGACCAGUGGACCAUCCGCCUAGUUCCUUGUUGGCCCCAUCUCUGCCAGCCUGGUGCCUGAUCUCUCGUGGCCUCUGCAGAGCACUGCGGACUGAUCUCCCGGUCUCACUGCUCGCUGUCGUCUAGAAUGACCUUCUCGGUCUGGGGAGCAUGCCCGAUGCAGGGCAGGUGCUGGUCAGGCCUUGCUCCUGGCUCAGGGUCACGGUUGUCCUGCUGGGUCUGGGCUGGUGGGUGCGGCAACCAGCACUGGCUGCCUGUACCAAGUGAGAGGUCCCUGGCUGUCACCCUCAUGCGAGUCCAAGCCCAGGGACCCAGGGCCCUGGCGACGUGUGUAGACAUGGCUGGCACAACUGUAGGAAGAAGGAUGUCGCUGGCAUCUAGCUGGUAGAGGCCGGGGACACUGCUCAACACCGUAUGCUGCACAGGAUGGAGUACCCAGGCACACUUGGCUUCGGGCACUGGGUGGAGUCACGGCUGGUUCAGCGUCUGAGGGGGCUGCUGUGAAACAGGGUGGGGAGCAGGGGCUGCAGCCCAGCAGAGACCCAGGCCUGUUCAUGCUGAUGACUCUCCACUCUCACACAGCCCUUUGCUGGGGAGGACACUGAGGCGCAGACAGGCGGGGUGACUUGUGCAGCACCACACAGCCAGGCAGAUCAGGUGUGCCCGUGUGCAAGCACUGACACACUCCCUCCG